CGCGACGAUGGAUGGUGAUUAAAAUGCAAAGAAACCCCCAUCUAAUUUUUUUAUAUGUAUAUAUAUUUUUUUAUAGAUUACUCAAUCUCAAUCUUUCUUCCACGUGCCAAACUGAGCAACUGUACCUGAGCACAUAUUCCGCCUCGAAAUUCUCGUGGCUGGCGCUGGGGCAAACCCAACCAAUUUAGAUCGAGCUUUCACCAUGGCGCCCUCUGAGCUGGCUGACUGGGCCAAAAUAUGGAGAGAAGACUACGACAUUGAUCGGCGCAUGGGCGCCAUUGGUGACUUUGGCAAGGCUAUGAAGAAACCAGACCAGUGGAAGCAAUGCUGGGACAAAGCCGGAGGCACGGCCGGCCUCGUUGAGCUUCUGUCACUGGCCUCGGCCAGAGAGGUGACGGCCUUUUGCGAGAGCAUCAGGAACUGCAAAGGUCGCUUCGACAGGUCGAGGGAGAGACAGAGCGCCGUCCAGCAGCUGCUGACCGCCCUUCUCCCGCAACACUAUCCCUCCUCGAUGCUGCGAAGUCAAGACAAGCGCCCGCUGCAGCCCAUAUACGCCCGCAUGCUGGUAGCUUGCCCAUCAGACUUUGUCGAAGGAAUUCUCCAAGCCCAGGACGAGUCGCACCCCCUCUACCAGGGACUCGACGCAAAGGGGUUCAACGACAUCGUAUCUACCCAUGACGAAAUGUUGAAGCGGCGCCUUACCGAAUACCUGACGCGCAGCGCUGCUCAGAUCUCACAGACCGAGUUGAACAUUUUUUUCAAGCAGUUCGUCUUCUCUCAGCCCCAGAUACCUGGAGACGGACCGCACAUGUCGGCAUCCAUGGAGUUCGCCUGGAAGCUGCUGGGAGAGCGUCUUGUAAAUGACUGUACCGUCCAACGCUGGCCGCGCGAGGUGCCCGAGCUAGAACUUCUCAUGUCCGUCUUCCGUCGGCACAACAAAAGAUGCAGGGGCGGGGACAAAACUUUCCUAGUCGAGAUGGGGUUCCGACUGAUAAGAGCCAACCCCGACCUCAAGAAAACAAAGCACGCAAAAGAGUUUAUGUCUGCCAUACUCACCAUCUGGGAGAGGUAUCCCCGUCGGUACGACAACCUCUUGGAUGAAGCCAUGCGUCUCGGACUCUCCAAAGAAGCCAGAUCCAAGGGAUUGAGCACCAAAGGACGCCACCCCCCGAUAUCAGUGAUUGCCUAUCGGUGGAGUGCGGAUCCGGAUUACUACGAAGGGCUAUUAACAUGCGCACUUGGUAAAGGAUUUGCUGGGACGGAGAAAGAGAUUAGCCUUAACUACCUGAAUGCCUGCCAACAUUUUUCGACCAAAGAAGCUAAUCCCAAGCUAAGAUGGCGGUUGUUGCGCCUGUAUUGUCUGCACGUUCCACGCUGGGGUGUCGAUAUCGAAGCAUCAUCCGACUUCAAGCCGCUGGCAAACCAGCAAUGGCCCCUCGACGUCUUUGAAGGGUUAGCCAAGGAGAAAUCUGUCGCCUUUCUGCAACGACUGUACGAAAUCAACCCCGAUUUUGACUUCUUGACCAAGUACCGUGGGCGUAGUAUCUAUUGUUUGCAGAACCUCGGGCCACGGCGCAACUUCAAUGUCGAGCUUCUCCUCGCCGCAUACCGGCGGGGAGGCCCCGAAGCCCUGCAGGAAGCUUCUGAACAGGUCGACCGCCUUCGGAAGACGGCAGCCACCUCGCGGGAGCCAGAGGACCGCGCCCUGUACGCAAAGGCCGCCUCCCACUACGCAAUAGCGAGCGGUGAUAUGGAGCUGUAUGGCGAGACGAUCCAGUGGCAGCAGCGCUUCAUCCGCGACUACUUUGCCGCGAGGUCUGUCUUCUCAAACGAUGCCCUCCUUACUCCGGAGGGAGUCGAUCUGUUGUCUGGUAUCCCGUCUCUGCUACCCGAGGACGUGAGCUGGAGCGAAAUUAGACAGCGGCUCGCAAUGGCGAACGGUAUACUCAAGACGUUGAACGAAUCGGCCAAGAUAAGCAAAGGGGAGCCGAAGAACAGGCAGUUGAGCUGGGAAGCCUCGACUGAGCUCUACCAGCAGGUCUACAGCGUGCGCAUUUCUCGGGCGAAUGGAGUCAAGGCCCGGUUUCGUGGUGUGGAGCCAGAUUUGUUCCAUGUCAUAUGGGAAGGGGUUGUCGAUUUGACACACAGCAUCGGUUACGACUUUCUUGUCCGAGUUGCAAGCCUCAUUACGGGCUUGAUCAACACGCUUCACGGCCCCAGUCUCCAUUCUGCCACGCAGACGUUGCGUCAAGCUGCCGCCGACUGGAAGGUGGAAAAAAAUGACAGCAAAGACCACGAGAGCGUUGGAAUUCACUUGAGAUCGCUGGCCCACCAAUCCUUAGCGGCGCUUGCGCGCAGAGAUAUAUCCAGUUACACGUGUGGCUUGAUCUUGGAGGAAGUCAUGAGCAACCCGGAGGCCAGCACCUGGCACAGGCAAUUCCUAUCUAUUGGUCUUUUCAGGAAUCUGCCGGCCAAGGAAGCCGAGAGUCUGCUCUUUGAUUUCGCGGCCGCCAUCGGAGAGAAGCUCGAGGAGCAGUCGUACAUCAAGGUGGGCGAGCAGGAAGCGCCCAAGAGCGCCCCUCCUCGCUCCAUUGUCAAGGUCUCGACCGUCAAGUACCUCGCUCAAGUCGUCAAAAAGGCCGACUUCAUCUCGCCAGAUGCUGCAUUGCAAGUACUGCUCGACUUGUCCAGGGCAGGCACGCACAUCGAUGUGCGCAUCGCCACUUUGAGCAGCCUGCUCAGCACGUUCAACACCAUUGUGGCUGAGAUCGGUGAGAACCCGAGAUUGGAUCCGGUGUUUGAGAGGAUCAUGACCACGCUCGAAUUGUCAAUUCCCUUCGCAGGCAACGUUGACGAGCGUCUCUCCAUGAGCGAAGCCGACUGGGUAGAAAGCAAACAAAAGCUGUGGCUCCCCACCGUUUCUGCAUUCAACGACCAAGGCGUGCCGGCAUUAUUCGCUGCUCUUUGUCAAAGCACAGACACGGAGAAAUACCCGAACCUCGCACCGUUUCGACCGGAGUUGUUCGCACGUCUUGUGCUGCCUGUCUUGAAGAGCUCACAAAUACAACACAGCAAGUGGUUGUCCGUCUUCCUUGCAAAACAUGGCUCACAGCUGAGCGCCGAUGCCCUGCCGGCCAUGCCCGUCACCAAUUGUAUGUGGCGCAGGAUAGUGGCCAGAUAUGGUGACCUCGUGCCACCGUCGUUCGUUGCUGAAUACAACGAACAAGUCCUGUUCAGGAUGCGCCCCCCACGGGAGCUCCAGGAGUUAAAUCACAGGCUGCACCAGGAUGCCAGCUUGCGCAACGAUGCAAGCAUGCUGCAUUGGCAAUCCAUCUUUGGGCAAGAAGAUUCCCCGUUGGUCUGGAGAUAUGAAAGCGAGUACCUAUUUUCGUUGUUAAUGUUAUCAGGCCCUAGAGAGUGUCCGACGGCCGACCUAGUUAAUGCUAUAGUCAGCCAGGCGUCCUUGCUACUCGACGAUUACGAAGAAUGCAUUGACGAUUGGGCACGCCUCGUCGAAACAUUGCUGGAUCCCACAUUUGUUGGAUUCUCGAGAACCUAUUCAAACGAUAAGGAAAAAGAGAAAGACUGGCCAUACCGGUGCGAGGUGACUGGUCAUCUUGCACAAAGCCUAGUCGAUCUCGUACGCAAGAAGACCGCGGAUGAAAGCCCAGACAAUUGCUGUCUACCCGGGACGUUUGCUCUGCGUCUCUGGUCCCUUCCUUACCCAUGUCCGUUCCCCAAGAUGGGGCAGGACGCAGACUACCGCAUUUUCAGCGACAAGCUGGACUUGUGCAUCUCCUCCUACCUCGAGAGUGACGAGGGUAACGUGCUCCUCUGGGACAAUCUGGCUCGGGACGUCUGCUCCGUGCUCUUGAAGAUGUACAGCAGCGCAGCCACGCGCCUACGGCAUGCCGUACACAUUGGCGAUCUCGAGCGCAGCGCUACUCAAACACAUUCAAUCCCCACAGACUUUGUCAAAGUCAAGAUUGCGCUGAAGCUUGCCGAGGUGGACGUCCAGGCAGAGCGAAACAUCCGCAAGCCGAAACCUGCUGGAAAAUCAGGUAGCGGGCCGAAGAUGAACGAGGCGCAAGAACUCGCGAAACGUAUGCACCGCGUCAUGGAGCAAUGGAGAAGCGGCGGCAGCAAAGGGUCUGCGACGUCGGAGGGCGUUAAGGAUAUGUUUCUGCAGUGGAGACGGACGCACAAAUCGACCUGGGAAGCUUUCAGUAGUUGGGAAUAAGAUGCAAGCCGAUGAGGGCUUUGAUGUUGUUCUGCAUUCCAAACACCAAGAGAAAGCAAGGGCAAACAACUCGAAACGUUCGCUGGGUUUUUUUGUGACAGUCUUCUAUAUGGGCUGCAUGGAAUGUAUUAUGGUGACGAGUGGGUAAGUACCUAGGUACAUACCUGAGUUGUAAAAUGCGCCGCCAUCCAAGAACUAAUCUAAGGGCGCGCAUGCAUCGAGAGCUUUGGAAUUAGUGUCGACAGUGCUAGUAGCCUCCAAAAAUAGUAAUAACUCAAGGCGCACAUCGAGCCAUUGCGGAGCAAAGUCUUGAUAUGACCGCUCAGGUUGGCAACUGGCAGCCUAAGUUUUGUAUGUAAACCAGCCAACACCAUUCGCCCUGUCCACUGUCAAAAGCUACUCCGCGCGUCUCUUAUACUUUAAAAGUCCCCAGUCAGAAAAAAAGACAGAGUUGUCGCCA